UCAUCCAUUUACCCCUUCCAUAUCCUCUGCUAAUCUCAUCGUCGGCCAUCAUCGCCUUUUUUCCCUUUCUUUCCGAUUAGGGUUUUUAAUUCUUCCCCAAAUCUCGAUCGACUGAUUAAAAAAAAAGAAAAAAAAUUGGAUUUUCCUUAAAACAUUAAGGGGUUUCGAAGAGCAUAAACUGAUAAUAUGCCUUCGUUACCCUUUGAUUCGAUUUGUUUACCUUUGAUCCCUUUUUUAACUCCUUCCCAUGCUGGUUCUUACUCCCAUUGUUUGAAACAUCUUUCAAAGAGUGAUCGGCAUGGUAACCUUAGUUAAUAAUUUUAUCCCAAUCUUUCUUUUUUCUAUUCCCCAUUUUCUUUUCUAUUUUUUUUACCGAUUUAAAGGAAAUUUGUUCUUGUUAAAAAAGAAUAACCGGAGGUUUGAUUCGAUCGUGAACUGGGGGGUUGCUUUUUAAUUAUCGGAGUUUUUCUUAAGGUUUUGAAUUAAUUGCAGCUGUUUUAACAAGGUAUAUUCUUAAUUUUUUAUGAUUUGGCAUCUAGAUGAUUAUUUUCUUAUUAAAUUUAUUAUUUUCUGGUAAAAAAUUCUCUUGUCAUUCCCAAUUUUGACUUUACCAAAUUGGUCCCUCUAAAGAAACCAGGGCAAUUUAAUCCUUAUAAAUUUUGAAAUUGAGUAAUUAAGGACAAUUAAUCACAAUUUAGUCUUCAAAGUUUAUACCUUCUAUUAAAUUGGUUCUAAUUUAACAAAUUUAGCCCUUCUGUUAAUCUGAUUCCAAUCUAAUAAAUUUAGCUGCAGCAAAUCGCCAGGAUUAUUAGUCUCUAAUUGCUCACUUUAGAAAAUCAUAGGAUUAAAUUGCUCCAUUUUUGGAGGGAUAAAUUUGCUCAAUGUUGAAAGUGGGAGGGACUCGAGAGGUAUUUUUGUUUUAUUUUCUCUAUAAUUUAUUGCACCAUCAUAUGGAAAUACUAUGUGAAUAUUUCUUUUUAAGGAAUGAAUCCCAGAAACAUUUUUGCGUUUCUUUUUCUUUAGUUUAUUAGUUUAGAAUAUUUCAAUGUUAAAAUAACCUUAAUUACUUAUAUAUUAGGAACAUAUGUGUGUUUUUCAUUUAAAAACAGUAAUGAUGGAUUGGGUUUUUCCACAAGUUUAAUUUUGAUAAUGGUGGAUGUAUCGAGUUCUCGAGUGGUCGACGAUCUUAGCGACUUAAUGCGGGCUAAAGUUCGUGCUUGCUUGUAUGAAUACGAUACUGAAUUCGAUGCGUAUUAUGCUAGUGAUGUGGAUGAGUUACUUGGAAAUGGACAUGAAAGCAAAUAUCCUCAAAAGGGCAUAAGCAAAUGUCCGUCGCUACCGUCCUUUGGGUGUCUUGAAGCAGAUGAAUUUGUAACUACAUUGCGGAGGAUGUUGUCUGAGGGUUCCUCGCAAGCUCCUCCCUCUUGCUUUGUUUCCUUGCCUACUCCCAUGAAGCUAGUGUCUGCCCUCAAAGGUAGCCGAGCGAAACAGGGAAUAUUACCGAAGAAACGCAGUGUGACAUGGGCACCCAAUGUGUACGAUCCUCCACCGACAUCGCUAUUGCAUAUGAUUAGAAACAAAAGGCAACACAAGUUGAAGAGGAACAACAACGACAAAAAGAAAAUAGGAAGGAAAGGGUUGAAAGGCACCAAGUCGACGCGAGGUAACGUCGGCGGGAAAGGCGUCAAACAAAUUCGCAGAAGCAGCGAAAGUUCUUACAGGUGGUUUAAAGAACUGGUGGUUGAAGAUAGAGUAGUUAAUGAGAUCGACAAUUUCAACGUUGACAAGCCGGACCCUUAUUGUGGCAGCGGUUUUUUAACACAGUCGUCGACCGGAAUGUACUACUCUGUGGCAGAGGCUCUAUGAGUAUGUCUUCUUAUUCACAUCAUGGGGAAAUCUAUGCUUUUAUUUUUUUCUGUUCUUUAAUAUGGUUCGUAAAUAAAUAAGCUCUUUCAUGCAUCCUUUUAUUGUGGAUGUAUAUUUCAACAAAUUACUUUGUAUAGAGCAUUAUGCAAUGGUUUUUUAUAAUGAUAAUCUAUUCCAAUUUAUUGAUUUA